UUUUUUGUGCGAAAAAGCAGAAAAAACUGCAAAAGUGUAAAAUAAGUAAAAUAGUUUUGUAUGUCUGUUAAUAAAAAAAUAUAAUUUUUGCGAAAUAUUAUUUCCAAAUAUAUUGUUAGGAUAUGCAAAAGAUAAACUUUUGCAAAUUUAUUGUGAAGAGCAACAACAAAAGCGUAAAAAAAUAUUUUCACUUGCACAUAAUAGAAACAAUUGCAAAAAAAGAAAAGAUCUACAUCAUUUUCGUUGUUUAGUACAUAUAUUUUUAUUUGUAAUGCAAAAGAUUCAACUUAAAAGCGUUUUAGAUAAUAAAAAUUAAAAGUUUAAUAGUAUAUUAUAAACGUGUAUUGUAAAUGUUAGUUGCGCUUCUAACUGUAGACGCUGUUUUAAAGAAAUCAUUAUUGAGGAGUUUUCAAAGGCGUGGCAAUUCUCUCGAAAUUUCACAGGCUUCCAUUGCUGAUCCAUCAACAAUCUUAACUACAAACCUACACCCGCAGCUGUGCCCCUUUAAAAAACCAAAAGUGAAAGUUUCUUUUCGCCUUUUCAAUAAACAAACCAUGAGUACAAUUGGUCAACAAAUCCCAACUGCUGGAGUCGUUCCAUUGUCAUCAAAUACUAUGGCAGAAAAUACUGAUAAUAUUAUAAAUAAUAAUACUAAAAUAAUAUCUUUUAAGUCUGGCGAUAAACAAUGUUGUCAGGAAAUUAAAAGUAAACAUGUUAAAAUAAUAGCUAAUCCUGGCACACAUGAUCAUGGCUCAUCAAAGGUUAAGUUGAAGAACAUUGUUGACUACAUAUGGGAAGUGAAAAACUAUCCAGGACAUUUGAUUGCUGUUCAUAUUGAUGAGAAGUAUAUUGCAUAUGCCAUAAAUGUAAACAACAAAGUAUCGCGCAUGGAAGGCAUGGUUCGUGUUGUCAAUACGGCUAAAGGCUUGCGUGCUUUAAUUAAGGGAAUGUCUGGCGAAGUACUAGAUUUACAAUUUGCUCACAUUGAAAAAGAGCAUAUAUUGGCAUCGAUUGAUGCAAAUUCACUGUAUGUGCAUCGAAUCGUAUUGCAGGAGGGGACAUUAGUGUGCAAUUUAAUUCUAAAGAUUGAGGAUCCAUUGACAAAUUAUUCUCCAAAAUAUGAUAAAAUAUCAUGGUGUCCAUUUAUUGAACUGCCAGGAGAAGAUGACGAAGAUAGUCAACUGAUUGUUUGGGCACGUGGAUCAUUGUUUCAGUGUUUCAAUGUUAAUAUAGUCGUUGCUGAUCAGGGGAUGGGUAAAUGUCAAGCAAGUGAUAUAAAAUCGGGUUAUUUGAGGCAUUAUGACGAGACGAAAACAAUUACUUGGGUGGCGUUAUCACCGGAUGGCUCCACAUUGGGUGUAGGCAGUACUGAUGGUGUUAUACGCUUCUAUCAAGUGUAUAUCCAUGACAAGGAUCCUCGUUGUCUCCACGAAUGGAAACCGUAUAAUGAUAAACCAGUAUCAUCAUUUUUCUUCCUUGACAACUUAACUAAAAACAAUUCAGAUACCUACUGGAAAUUUGCAAUAACCGGGGCUGAUAAUAAUACGGAGUUUAAAGUUUGGGAUUGUGGCACAUGGAAUUGUUUGCAAACAAUAAAUUUUAGUUGUAGCAUUGAAAAGCCAUUGCGUUUCAUAGCGGAAUUGGAUAGAACUUCGUCGUAUUUAGUUGUGUCCAGCUUAGAGACACGCACUUGUUAUGUGAUGCAAAUCAUAAACACGAGCAGCUGCUAUCCGGCAAUCAAAGAAGAAACGUCUGAUAGUGAGGAAGUAGUCAAUAAAGAUAACAGCGGUAGUAGCGUUGCUUCCGGCAGUACAUCCCAGAUGACAACGCCCGCUGUCGUUUAUAUCAAAAGUAUUUCCGAAUUUCCUCUUAGUUCUGGCAUACUCUCCUUCUCCAUAGUCGAUGCUGCUGUAAGACGGUAUAAGUGUUCAAACGAUAAUUACAUGUGUGAAGAAUUAGAUGACUACGAUGAAGAAACUUCGUCUAUUUAUUGUGUUGUUGUCCACAUGUACAUUGUCCAGGCGAAAAGCAUGCAAGAGUGUCAUAUAUUGUAUCAACCAAGUGUGCCGGAGAAUUCUGAUGUAAAGAGUACCAUGUCAAGCAGCGAUACUAGUGCCGUAAGCAGAAAUAAUAUAAGCAAUAAAGUUCUGGAAUCAAACGCAAGUGAAAAUAACGAACGAACUGACGAUGAUGACGAUGUAGAGGUUAUACGUAACGAAAGCGAGGUAGAAGAGCUCACGCGUAAUAUUCCUCUAAUUAAGGAUGAGUUUUCAGGAAACAAACAAAAUGCUUUAGAACUUUUGUUAGAUAUUGCCUCCUCCUCCAACGUAUCUUCCACAGCUAAUAUUGCUUCAAGUUCUGCUGGGUCGACUGUGGUUGCAGUUGCUGCUGCUGCCGCUGCGGCACCAAGUGUUAUUGCUACGGAAAAUAAAGCCGACUCACGUAAUCCUUCUCCUAAAGUAUCAACCUCAAAUAAGAAUUAUCCCCAAUUAAAUCUCAUGACGCCGGAUGCGUUCACUUCCACAUCAUCGUCCAACAAUGAGCGUAAAACCCCUGAAAAUGUCAGUAGUGAGGUUCUUAAUACUAUUUUGAUGUUGGCUGGUGUAGCUGGUCAAAAUGCAGCGCCUGUUAAACCCGAAAAUAUAAACCUAUUGAAUUUGGUCAACAAUAAAAUCAUUGAAGACAAAGAGCAACAAAAAAUGCAACUAAAACACCAUAAUCUAGAAUCGCAAAAGAACUUUAUGGCUAUUGACAGAAAUCCUGGUAGAAAUAUUGGUGAAAAUUUGGCUAGUGGUGGCUCAAGUCCAAGUCGUGAAGUGCAAGAGAUAAUGUCUUUACAGGAGUAUGAUAAGAGUUCCUAUAGUGGAGAUGAGUUGCUAGAGGAAAACAAUGAAAAUGCCACCGAAACAGAUGCCACAGGAACAGAAGAUAUUAAUGUAACAGCAUCAGAUCCAACAAACACUAAAUUAGCACAAACAAAUGCAGCCACCACAAAUUGGCCCAAAGUACCCGAUGUUCCCAAAGUAUCGAAUAAUAAACACUCUGCUGAGUUACAAAAUGCAGCUAAUCUAAUUUCUCAAGCUGUUAAUGCCUCCUCCAUGUCAAACCUUAGCAAUAGUCAUUUGGCACCAACUCUAGGCAACACGAGUAAUAAUAGCAGCAACAACAAUAAUAACAACAAUAUUGUUGCAAAUAAUAUGAACAAUGUUGCUAACGAUUUGAGUGACAUAAAUGGAAAAAUUAGUGAACUAAUUGAUUUGGUUAAAAUGCAAUCGAUACAAAUUAAUAGUCUACAAAAUGAAGUGUCCGAGCUGAAAAAGGCAAAUGGAAACUUUAAACCCAAAAAUAUGUCUGAAUUUGGCUAUAAACUGGAAAUGCAGUUAUCUAAACUAAUGGAGAAAUAUUUGAUCCGUUACGAAACUGAACAUAACCGCAAAUUGUCCACAUUUUUAGCUGGAAAAGAUGUUCAGAAUCGUGAAUUGCGUGACAGUAUAAUGCAAAUUAUGAAUCAAUACGUGCUGACUCAAUUUGGCGAAAUGGUGUCCAAAGUAAUGACUCUGGAAAUACAACGGCAAUUGGGCCCUAUGUUGGCAGCCAAACUCGAUAAUAUGCAGCAGCAAAUACAAUUGAAUGUGGCACAAAAACUCUCAGCAUUCGAUUUAAUGAUUAAGGAGAAUAUUGCACAAGCCUGCAAGAGCAAAACAAUUAUCGAUACUUUUGGCAAGUCAGUGUUGGUUGGAGUACAGGGUAGUUUGCAGGCUGCUUUCGUGGAAUCCAUGUCCAGCACAUUAAUUCCCGCCUAUGAAAAAUCCUCCCAAAACAUGUUCAAACAAUUACAUGAAGCAUUUUCCGUGGGUAUAAAGGAAUUUAUGGAACAAUUUGAUAAUUAUUUACAACAACUGCAGCCAAUGCAUGAUUCUACGGAGGAAAUUCUUAAUAAAUUUUCUGGUUUUCGACAACAUUUGGAUUCUAUUUUAACUAAACAUCGCAACGGCGUACAAGAUGUUAUGCUGGAAACACGUAAAGAUAUCAAGGGAUUGGAACUUCUACUUUCGCGACAAAUUCAAGAAACCAUACGAUCGGAGGUGCGAAAAUCUUUUGAAAAUCAAGUGGCAGCCAUACGAUCACAAGCGAAUACACCCGCUCCCAUGUACGGAGCCAAAGAUACCAUUAGACAUCUUUUAUUGCAGGGACAAAUAAAUAAAGCAUUCCAUCAAGCCCUGCUAGCCAAUGACUUAAGUUUGGUGGAAUUCACACUAAAGAGUGCCGACCAUAAUGCCGUCUUUACACCUGACUGCUGUUUGGAACAAAAGGUUUUGCUCUCUUUAAUACAGCAAAUCUCGGCCGAUAUGAGCGAUCACAAUGAACUCAAACAGAAUUAUUUGGCUGAAGCGCUAUUGGCCAUUAACCCAAUGGAUCCUAUUACAAGAGAACAUGCACCAAAAGUUUUGCAAGAACUUUUCCGCAAUUGCCAAAUGUUUCUUAUUAACUACCCCAAGAGUUCACAAUGCAGCAAUGUACGCAUGCUUAUGAAAGCUGUGCAAGCCUACAAAGAUCAAUUCUAAUACGCGGCCUUUUCCUUUCUUCACUCAAAUGCAUACAGAUUUAAUUGAAAAAAAAAAAAAAAAAUCAAAAAACGCCAAGCAUUUUUAGUUCUACAUAUUAUGAUUUUAAAGAAUUGAAUUCUUGCUAAAUUCUACAUCUAUAUGAUUUGUGUUUUCCUUUCUUUUCUGUUUCCACUUUUUAAAGAUAAGAAUUAUCGUGACAAUUUUUGAUUAAUUUGUGUAUUUAUCUCUAUCUCCCUUCGUAAUAUUUUAAUCCAAUGACAACAUUUAAAAUAAAUUUGACCAUAAGAAUUGUA